AUGAAUUUAGACAACCUGCUCACGGCCAAAUUUCUCAGCUCGCGUAGAGCGAACUCCUACCCACUGCACCUCGCCGCCCGCGCCGGCGACACCGACCAACUCCAGGCGCUCAUCGCAUCCGGCCACCACAACCUCGAACGCCAACACUUCAGCCACGGAACCCCUCUGCACGCCGCCGUGUACUUUAAUCAAGUCGAUGCCGCCCGGCUGCUCAUAUCCACAGGUGCGAACAUAGAAGCACGUGCACCGGACGCGUACGGCCAUCCGCGCGACACGCCGCUGACACUCGCGGCCCGCUUAGGCCACGCGGCCGUCGCCAAGCUGCUGUGGGACGCGGGGGCGCGGCGGUGCAUGCAGACUGACCAGGGUAUAGUUACACCGCUGGAGCUUGCUGCGUUUGGUGGGUUCAGUAGCCUUGUUCGCGAUCUGUUGGCUUGGGAGGAGGAUGGCUGGUCUGCGAACACGCUGGAGGGUGCGCUGCUGGAUGCCGCAUCGCGAUGGCAGGUCGAGGCUGUCAAAGUGCUGCUCGAAUCGACGAAGUUCGACCAAGAUAUAUUGAGUAUAGCGCUCGUAGAAGCAGCGGGCCCCAAGCGUGAACAACAUGAGGAGAUUGGCGGACCACCGUAUGCGGACACGGACUCCGCGGCUCAGCGGCAGCUUCUUGAAGUACUGCUGGCAGCCGGUGCGGAUAUCGAGUACCCUCACCUGGGGAAGAGAGCCUGUGCGGUUCAUGCCGCGGCGUCAGACCCAGUAGCUAUCGAGGGAAUGCGGACUUUGAUCGAGAAAGGAGCAAAUGUGGACGCUCAAGACGCCCGGGGAUCCACUCCGCUUCAUAUAGCCGUCUCUUUCAGAAAACGCCAAGGAUUUAAUACUACUUUGAGAAACAACGGCACAGUGAUGCUACUGGUGCAGAGCGGAGCUUCACCAGCAAUCCGCAACCUCCAAGGCGAAACACCAAUGGACAUAGCGGCACGCCUCGGCCCCCUCUCAUUCGUCCAACUCUUACUCAACCACGGCGCCGACCCUUUGGCAGAAGACCGGAGUGGAGAAACAGCUCUACACAGAGCAGCCGAAGGCGACCACGAAGACAUCGUCGAGCUGCUCCUCUCCCGCGGAGCCGACGUCAACAAAACAAGCUCCACCGGCUGGACCCCGCUCAUGUACGCCAUCAGCUCCAAUUCCACCUUUUCCACCAGCCUCAGCCUGGUUUCCCUGCUGCUGGAACGCGGCGCCGACCCUCGUGCCGCUUCCGCCGAAGGCUGGACGGCCCUCCAUCGAGCGGCCGACACCGGUCCCCUUUUCCGCAGCAGCCGUGGCAGCAAUGCUGACUAUGCGGCUGCUGCGGUUGAGCUGCUUCUCGCGCAUGGAGCAGACGUCGGGGCUCGUGCUGUGGCACCUGUGUAUGGUACUCGUCAGAGGCUGGCGGGGCAGCGGCUGAGAGCUGCGAUGGUCGAGUUUGUCAAGUCGAAGCGUGAGGGGAUGAUAGUCAGUGGCCAGACGCCUCUGCACUGGGCUGCUGAAAAUGGCGUCAUCCCUGUGCUGGAGACUCUGUUGCGGCACGGCGCUGAUCCGUUGGCGAAGGAUGGGGCGGGAGCCACGCCCGCUGAUCGCGCUUUGUCGUCACCGAAAACGGGGUAUACAGCGGAGCAGAAAGAGGUGGUGGUGGAGCUACUUUCGGGGACACCACAGGUGUAG